ACAAGAUCUGGCAUAAUCGGAGCAUUUCAUCAUAAUGCCAACAACUUUGAGAGUAAGUUGUUCAAUGGAGAGGAAUAGCAAGAAAAUGGCAAAAACUUUGAAAAUCUUCAACCACUUAUUUAAGCAAAAACGUCAAGAUCGACAAGAAGAAAGUUUGGUGAAUCAUAUGAGUUCAGAGCCCCCUGAGCCUGCAGAUGAAAAUCCCAUACAACAACCUGGUUGCCUCAUGAACACAACAGAUCAGUUUGGUGCAGAUCCCCAAAUGUACACUCAAGACUCAAUUCAGGAGCUAAAAGAUGCAGCUGAGCAGGUAAAACAGUGUGGUAUCACACCUGAUGAAAAUGGGGGCUCUGGCAGCUACUCUCAGUGCAGCUUGAAAGAGUACCUCAAAGCAGUGGAAAGGUUUGCUGAUAACAACUUUCCUGCACUGCCAACAAACUCACAGUCACACCCUGGGGAAUACCUGAAUGUCGCUAUGGAUAUGAUAUGUAGCAGGGUGAUUGGAUUAGUUCCAGUCUUGGAGGAUUCAGGACUAUUGAGUUACCUGUGGGACAGUUAUAAUCGCCGCCUGUUUGACAUGUUGCAUCUGUUAAUGGAUAGAUGUUCAUCAGUGAAAGACUCCUUCUUCCUUCUACAAUGGGUGAAAAAUGCAUACUUUAGGCAGGGCCAUAAAGGAUGCCUGAGCACACAGAAGGAUGGUUUACUCGGUGUAUCGGACCCUUACUUGCUGGCUGAUUGGUUGGACUAUUCAAAGCAGAAACUCCUCACACUCCUUCAAGACAAUAUCUCGACUACCCUGCACAACAUCUUGCAACAUGAUGAGCCUGUUUGUGAUGACAGCAAUGAGGAGGCUUUCAUGAAAGUCCAACUUGAUGUUAUACAGUGUCUGAAUGCUCCCAUUCAGGCAAGUAAAACAGUCAGCCACAUGCUUACAACUGCUGUACAAAGACUUUGUUGUGAUGAACUUCACAGUUUCAUACAGAGGUAUAUGAGUGCACAAAAGGCUGAUGAGGCAAAUUUACUACAUCACUUCAGGACAAUUUAUACAUGUAGGCAACUCAGGUCCUAUGCUCUGAGUAUUACGGAUUCAAACAAUAAAACAGAUUCAUCCACUCUCUUGAUGUUGGACAACAUUGAGAAUAAUUCUUUGUCCAGUGCACAGCAACAGUUUGCAAACAUAGCAAAGGACAAUUUAGAGAAGUAUUUCAACAGAAAGGAUGGAGAUUUACAUACAAUGAUAGACAUUAUUCAAAACAUGGUUACAACUUUACCACAAAUGGAACAGGGAAAGGAGAUAAAACAGCUUAUUGUAAAUGCAGCACACCACAGUGUUACCAGAGCAUAUCUGCAGUGUUUAAUGCAGAGAAAGUACAAAAAACUGGAAAAGAGAUGGAAUGAUGUGGAAAAGAGAAUAAUGCAGGAUGCUGAAUAUUUCCACUGUAACUUUGCACAGAAUGGAAGUGACAAUGAGUUGAAAACAGUCCUGCUGAAAAUGGCUGAGAUUCUGCAGUGCCGUAAUGUAGAUACUCUUAAGCUUCUCUGCUCAGGACUGUACAUCACAUUCCCUAAGGAGAGUGAGGAGUACGUACCCGCCCUGCUGCACUGGAGAGGGGAAUUGUCAAGACGACAGAUUAAGAAUGUAAUUGAUCUACAAGAAUCCAUCCAUCCAUCCAUCCAUCCAUCCGUAAACGCUUAUCCUGUGCAGGAUCACAGGCAAGCUGGAGCCUAUCCCAACUGAAUAUGGGCGAGAGGCAGGGUAUUUCACUGGGAGUUUAACGUUCCUUAGUGAACAGGUCUGUGGGGAGAGGUCAAACAAAGUAAUCCUAAAGAUCGCAUGAAAGGUACAAAGCAAUUAAGUGUACACUGCCCAGAUUAGGGUUACCAAAAGCCAACCCUGGACCCAGACCUCUGUCUACAUCAGUGGCGGCUCCUGAAUUUUUUUUCAGGGGGGGCAAUUUUCCCCCGUUAUGUCUACACGGACCGUAAAUGUCCACAGGACUGAAGUAAAUUGACCUACAGUAGGUAGCAAAUCAAUUGGCCGUACUUGUUUUUGCCUGGUAAAUUCAGAUAUCAAUAUAGACUCUCUCUUCUCUCCACUAGGUGGCAACACUAAACAAGUUAAAGGCGGCAAACUAAGGUAGCCUAGUAAACUAGAUCCACCCGCCUAGCGGCCAAAAAUAUUUUUGCCAAAUAUUCACAUUUAGUCUGGCUUGCCAGGCUAAAACUAAGGAAGAUUCAUUGUGAAGCCUUCAAAGCAAAACAUUUGGCAUCACAAUCAAUUAAUAUUACAUUACUCAUUUAUUUUCUCAUAUUAUUUCCAGUAUUCUAUAAUAAGUAGACACAUUCUUAAUUAUAAACAUAUUCUAAUUUCUUCAAUUCUAAAGAAUGCAAUUAAA